CGGCUCGGCAGCGAGCUUGACUGGGACUACGUGCAACUGCUAAAGUACCUGGUGUCGGUUAAAGUCCUCGUUGAGCAACCAGGACAUGUCGAGGCUGCGCGACACGAAGCUGUUCCCAAGCAUGGGCAAUGCUGCUGUAUAUUAUAGGGCACGCGAUUUGCUUGCUCCGUCGGACGAGAACAUAAAGCUCCAGCAGCCAGUGCUUCUGUGGCCGGGCAAGUUCCGCAAUGGCAGCGACGAGUCCGUGUUUCUAUUUGACCUGGGGCUUCGCAAGUACCCGGCCUGCCGCUUGCUGCUGCAGAUUGCAGCGACCGCGCCUGUGGACCAGAAUGCAGCAGAUGGCGAUGCAAAGGAGAACCUGCGAAGGGUUGCGCUUGAGUACUUUAUCGAGUACUUUUCCACCGUGUAUGUGGUCGAGUACAUGGCGGCGCUGCGGCUGCAGGAGCAGGGAUUUUUGCCGGCUCUCCAGUCAGAUGCAGGCAAAAAACGCGUGCUCUGCAUGCCCAACCAGUGCUAUUCGAACCCGGGCUGCGCGGUGAUGGGGUUUGCAGUUCUGGAGAAGCACUGGCGUCGCGAGAGCGAGCGGUUUGGAGUUGCCAUGGAUCCGCUGAUCUCCAUGUGCAUUGACAAGCUGAGCAAUGGGCCACCACAAACACAUGCAGAGGCCACUCGGGUGUUUGCAUAUAUGGCUAGUAGGCAGGGCGAGAUUACCAGGAGCGAAUUGCUUGCGCUGACCCGCCUGCCAUUCAUCCCGAUCUUCGACAAGGACGGCCAGGUGGCGAGGCGAGUGCGGCCGGCCGAGUGCUACUUCAAGGGCAACUCGGCCGAGUACCAGGCAGCGUUCUUCAGCUUCAUCGAAUAUGCGGGGCCGGCCGGCAGCUUCCUGCGCUCGUGCGGAGUGCGCGACGAGCCGUCGAUUUCCGACAUUGCUGUGAUGCUGGCGGAGCGGCCGGAAAAUGUCCUGCAGGUGUGCGGCGGCUGGGACCAGUACCUGGCGCUAUUGCGCCAGAUCGCAGUCAACGCCGACCAACUGCUGGGCAAGAAGGUGUGGAAGCAGAUGCAGACCAGCAAGUGUCUGGUGGGCAUGCGCGAGCAAAAGGGCGGGGAGGAGGGGCUGGACCGAGUAUUCGCUGGUUGCCGCGCACCAGGUGUUCCUAGUCGACGACUCGGUGCUGGCGCGCAAGUUCUCGCCGUUCUGUGCGCCGACUGAGGACCUUCUGGAGACGUUCUAUGCGUCGCUUGGGGCCAAGUGGAUCAGCGAGAUGGUCAGCAAAAAGACGCAGCCGCAGGGCACCCAGCGGGUGACCGAGGCGUCGCAGAAGCUGGAGCUGCUGAUCCGAGACCGGGCCCCGCUUCUGCUGCACGAGUUUACGCCGAUUAAAGCCAGGAAGGCGGCGGGCACGGCGCAACUGGUCAGGAGCUCCGAGUGGCUGGCAAAGCAUCUCAGCGUCAGGCAGGCCGACGCGAUCCAUCUGUACCAGACAUUUCGGCCCACGGGCCAGUCGGACCGGUCGCCGGCUACAGCCUGCGUUUUGCAAGCGCAGUCCCGAGACCAGCCGUCCGGGUGGAUGCAGGCGGCGCUGAGUAAAGUGUCGGAUUCGAUGGAGAUGGAAGACUGGGU